CCUGUAUUUAUUCAAUACGCAAUGUGUUUUAAUUUGAUGAAUUACUUGAGUAAUUCAAUAUUUUUUCUUAGUGUCUAGUAAAUAUAUAUUCUUUUAAUCUAGACUACAACACUAAAUAAUUCAUUGUUUUACAUUUCGUUAUUGUUUCUUAGAAUAAAAAGAUACGCAAUAUGGAUGAAGAAAAAAAGGUUAUGUUUCACGAAAUGGAGCUUGAUGAUCGUAUUUUAAAGGCAAUAUCACAAUUAGCAUGGAGUGAGCCCACAUUGAUACAGGAAACGGCCAUUCCAUUGCUUUUGGAAGGUAAAGACGUACUUAUGCGUGCACGCACCGGCUCAGGAAAAACUGCUGCGUUUUCAGUACCUGUUAUACAAAAGAUAUUGAACUUAAAAAAUACAAGUCGUCAUCAAGCUGUGCACGCUCUGAUUUUGUCUCCCAGCAAGGAACUGUGUGGCCAAAUUGCAUCUGUUAUAGGGGAUCUAACAUUAAAAUGCGCAAGAGAAGUGCGAUGUGUGGACAUCUCGGCUAGUGGAGAUACGCAAACACAAAAGUUGUUGUUACUAGACAAGCCAGACAUUGUUGUGGCCACUCCGUCACGAGCACUUGUACAUUUGAAAGCAAAUAACAUGAGACUGAAGGAUGAUCUGGCGAUGCUAGUAGUGGAUGAAGCGGAUUUAAUAUUCUCCUUUGGAUAUGAAGAUGAAAUAAAAGAAUUGUUAAGCCAUCUACCAAAAAUUUACCAAGCCGUACUCGCAUCAGCAACAUUAUCGGAUGACGUGUUAAGUCUUAAGAAAAUUGUCCUCCGUAAUCCUGUCACAUUGAAAUUGGAAGAGCCAGAACUAGCUCCGUCGUCACAGCUGCAGCAUUACCAUUUGUUUGCUGAGGAGGAUGACAAAGCAGCUAUAUUGUAUGCUCUGCUGAAACUGAACCUCGUGCGAGGAAAGAGUAUAAUUUUCGUUAGGACUGUGGACAGGUGUUACAAACUCAAACUCUAUUUAGAACAGUUUAAAAUUGCGUCGUGUGUGCUGAAUUCGGAGCUUCCAGCGGCAGUGCGGUGUCUAUCCGUAGACCAGUUCAACCGUGGCCGGUAUCAGAUCAUUAUAGCAUCAGACGAGAAAGCCUUGGAGAAGCCUGAUGGCGGUAUACUGCCCAUAGAGGAGAGAACCAAAAAGAAAAAGCAAGCUUCAAAGCGAAGAAAGGACAAAGAGUCUGGUGUGUCCCGCGGUAUAGACUUCCAGCACGUGGCUAACGUUAUCAACUUCGAUUUCCCUCUAGAUGUGAACUCAUACGUACAUAGAGCUGGUCGCACCGCCAGAGGCAAUAAUCAGGGUUCAGUGCUGUCGUUCGUUUCAAUACGCGAGAAGCCACUGAUGGACGCGGUGGAGGCACACCUAUCAAAAGGGUUCAAUAGUCAGAAAGUUCUACAGAAGUACGAGUUUGCUCUAGAGGAGGUGGAGGGAUUCCGGUACCGGUCUCGAGACGCGUGGCGCGCCGUCACCCGCAUCGCGGUGCGAGAGGCGCGCCUCAAGGAGAUCAAGCAGGAGCUGCUCAACUGCAAGAAGCUGCAGGGCUAUUUCGAAGAGAAUCCAUCGGAUUUGGCAGCUCUAAGAAGAGAUAAGGCGCUCCACACAGUAAAACUGCAGCCUCAUCUCGCACAUAUACCAGAGUACCUGCUACCAGCCGCGUUGAGGAGCGAAGAACCAGCAGACGCAGACCAGGAAGCAGAACCGGCACCGCCAGCUAAGAAGAAGAAACACAAUAAGAACUACGAGAAUGCGAAGAGAUUGAAAUAUCAGGCACGAAGAAACGAUCCACUGAGGAGUCUCAACGUGAAACCAAGCAAAACAACCUCCACCGGCGACACAUAGCCUUUGUUAGUAUCCGAACGGACUAUGGAACUCAUGUUAUAAAUUUUUGUAAACAACAGUUGUAUAUUUUUGACAAAUUUUUUAUCAAGAUCUGUACAGUUUCCAAAUAAAAUGUGUCUUAUGUUGUGUUUUCUUUGCACACAGUGCGCGCGGGGCCGCGACUCGUGGUCGUCUCGUAUGGUUAGUUAAUGGAUUCGGUUAGUACCGUCAGUGCUCAGUGUUGCCCUGCUCGUGGCAUUAACGCAAUAAAAUUAUGUUUAUUACCUUUU